AAUUCAAUCCCACGAGUCUCAGCAUCAGUCCAGCACACCCGAAGCUACUCGCAAUCAUGUCAUCUACCCAAUAUAUCCCAUCCAUCUACUGUCCGAUUUCGACUAGCCCCGCCGCGGAUCCUCCCCGUCCCGCCGUGCCGCCCCAUUAGAACCCCCCCAGUGCCGCCCCCACACCGCCUCGCCACCUCCUCCCUCAGGGUGUCCUUCACCUCCUCACGCAGGAUCUCCAGCUGCCUGGCGUGGUCCCAUGUCGUUCUGCGCACACGCCUGGAGCGGCGCUCACUUGCAUGCGCCACCUCGAUGGCCGACACGACCUCCGUCUGCAGUGCGAUGAGGGCGUCACGGGAGGUCGCAGACGCCACAGCCAACUCGGUGAGGCUGCAGAAGACACAAAGAACGCCUUUUGUGUGGGUCUGGGUGUGGGUGUGGGCGUGGGUGUGGGUGUGUGGCUGACUUGCUGUAGGGGGCGAACUGAUAGGGUUGCAUGAGUGGCUGAAGUCGGUGUAUGUCGGGCUGGGCGGCGGUGAAGAUCUCCUGCGCCUUCUGGCCAUUGGUGGUGAUGCGCUGAACCCUGGAAACAUCGCGCCGCAUCGGCCGACAGAGAGAGCGUGUUUCGACGAGCUUGCGCGCACACACACAUGCAUUCUGUGGUCCAUCGCUCACUCCUGCUGCUGCGCUUCUAUGAGUCCCUCCUGAUUGCGUAUCUCGCCCGCUACUUGUGCCAACUCAGCAGACAAAGCGGCAAUGCUGCACACACAUACACAUACACAUACAAAGACAGACAGACAGACGUGUGGCCAGGCCUGCCAGUGGCUGACAUGGGAUCGGCAGGUGGUCGAGGGCUGUCCAGAUCCACCGGCCGCAAAUCAUCCUACGAGCCGAAACGCAGACAUGAAUAAGUGUGUGUGGGUGUGGGUGGGUGAGUGGAUGAUGUUCAGGGUGCUCGCGCCCUCACCUCCUCAUGGCGUCUUCUCUGAGAGACGCCAUGACGGGCCCCCUGACCGCCACCCCUGCAGGCACGGCACAGCAGCGUGUGUGCAGGUGAUGCGUUGAUGGAUGUGCGCGGCUGGCUGGCUGGCUGGCUGGCGUGGCGUACAUGUGUGUGAGUGCGACUGUCGGGGCUGUAGGGGGGGAGACUAAGGCGUGGCAGGCGGCCUCACGAGCCUCUCGAUGCACUGAGACUAUCGCCACCCUGAUGGAUGGAUCAAUGACACACACAAGGGAAUGACACAUGCCCAGUGCCCGCCCCCCGCUCUGUCUGUGUCCCCUCACUCAUCACUGACCGUCUAGAUCGUUCAUCAUAGUAGAUGAGUGUGUGUGUGGUGUCGGCCAGCCGGUCGGGCGGCCUCCCCCCCGUGUAGCCCUUGACCACCAGCACGUCCUCCCUCUCAGGCAGGUCAAACCACAGCUCACCGUCCUUGCCCUGCUCCCACAGCGCCUGCAGACGGAGAUACGCUAUCGCGGCACGCCGCUCCUCACGCAUCCCUGACAAGAAAUUGAACCACGCAGGACCAAUCCACAGACACGGUGUGUGGUAUAUGUGCGCUGCUUGCUGACCCCCGAUGACUACGAAGUUUCCGACCCUCUCCACGCCGCACGCGCCAGACGCCCGAGCGACCCGCCGCGUCAGCCCGGCCAUGCGCCCCUCGUCCAUACGGCGGAACACAUGUAGCGUUGAUUCGCUGGGGAGAUCAUCACCCGACAACGCUAUGCGGUCAAUGACCAACUCGUCUCGUCGGCUGUGGCGGCUAUCGGUCCACUCUGAGGCAAUGGGCCGACAACAAAGCGUGUAGGGGUAGAUGGGUCUUCACGUGUGUGUGCGUGUGCGGGAGUGUUGAUGACUCACGUCCCGAGAAGAAUCGUGCUGCGGCCGGGUGGUCGGUGCUCUCCACCAGGCGCAUGAGCAGCAUCCUGGCGGCCAUGCAGGCACGCCUGACAGACGACACGACACGACACGACACGAAACGACACGACACAUCACAUCAACACAAAGCGCUGCCUCCAUCCGUUCUGGAGUGUGUGUUGCUGCUCACCGAGACUGUCCGAAUAUGAAGAUGCCGUGCUGAUCUGAUCCCUUGAACCUGCCAGGUAUUACCAGACACCCGCACUCGCGCAUUGCCUGGACGUUAGGCCCCCCUGCAGUCACACAAACAGUGCCCUUGCAUUCCACACACACGUGGCGGGCGCGUCCUGUCAGUGAUUCUACCCCACCCAUGACGAGCGGGAUGUCAUCUCUGGGGACGGGCAGGAGAUCCAUGCCGCCGGUGUUGUCGCUAUCCUUGAGCGAUGCGGCGCCGUUCUCCAUGUAUCCCUUUAGCAACUGCAGGUACCUCCAUGCCUUGCCCACGUCCUCCCUCCGCCCAGUCGCCGACAUGUAGUCAACUGCAAGGAGAGGGAAAGAGCACAGCACGCAUCGACGUGGCGCUGAACGCCAAAGAUUUGUACCAUCGACGUGUAUGUGUGUGUCGGUGAGAGCCUCGGUCACACGGCGGUAGAUGCCGUCGUGGGCUGUGAGGGCGUUCUCCAAGGAGGGCGGGAGGGAGCGCUCUUCGUAAUGCGAUGGUUGCAUCCUCACUGCUUCUUAGUCGCCGAUGCCGUGCGUGUGUGGCGAGAGCCACUGGUAUCUUCAGAUGGAUGGAUGCUUGCGUGGUUGAUCAUCUAC